AUGUCGGCAUGGCAUGAGCUCUACAAACAUCGCCGGGGCUGGGCUCUCGAUGUCGCCCAAGAGUGCUCCCACAUGAAUGUCACAAUCCAGGAGCGGUACCAAGAGAUCGACGCUAUGGUCAAGUGUUUAGACGCCGCUGUUGCCAAUCUCGAAUUCUCCAUCAAGCAGAUCGAACCCAAGUACACCGAAUUGAAAAAGUGGGUGGAGCCGGCAUUGUCCGAACAUGAACAACUGGCAUCAAAUUGGGAAGCGUACCUUGGCCUGGCGCGAGCGGUCCCCGUCUCGCCGCAGAUGGUGAAAUUCAUGACAUCCAAGGAGGUCAAGCCAACACGAGCCAGUUUAGAGGAUCUCGUAGACCUCGACACCGCUAGGAAAGCAGGACGCUUAGCACCUACAUCCCUGAGAAAGUUUACCGGCAAGGCGGCGGAGCUCGAUAAAUCCGCCGCGCAAAUGUACCAGUCGCUGCAGCAGCUCGUGAACGAAUUUGAUGCGCUCGUUGGCCGUUCCGCCUUGUUACACAGUGGCGAAUCUGCUCAGUUGCAGCAGGAUAUUGAGGCCCUGGCGAAGAAGAUUGACUCUGACUACCAGCUCAUCCUAGAGGAUGUGCUACAGGCAUCCAAGACUGCGUCAACUCAUACGGAACGGCUGAUACCAAGCCUUACGAAGCGAACAAACGAGAUGAGCGACCUCGUUCAGUACGCCACCAAGUCCCGAAAUGCGAUCGCAGCUGAAUCUAUCCGACUUAUGCGUUCAAUCACGGAAGUUACGUCCUUACAUGCUAGCGUCAAGUCUCAGAUAACCGUACUCAACCAAGCCGAGGAGGAUAUGACGACCUUCGACUACCUGCGCCUCAUCUACCAACUCCCCUACAUGUACGCUUCGUUUGUCAUUGAGGCUGUCAGGCGCCGAGAAUGGUCUGACAAGGUCAAAUCCGACUCUUCGACGCUUGCGAACACCAUGGCGGUGUUCCAAGAUGAAGAGACCAAGAGACGGCGCAAAUGGCAAAAGAUGGUUGGGAGCACCUAUGGAAGGGACAAAUUUGACGCAACUACUUUGGGUCUUGAAGUCAAUCUUUUAGGAGAGGAGGAUGCAUGGCCUUCCAUGACGAAGCAAGACAUCGAAACCUUUAUCGAGAGCUUAAGGACCCAGAAUGCGGAGCCCACAAUCACCGAAGACGUCGUUAAACUUCUAAACGAGCUCAAAUCCCCGACCAGGCAGCAGUCUAAAAGGAUCAAAGCUUUCAAAAAUGGCAGUAUACACGAGGCCGCCCUUGGUAUCAGCGGACUCUUGGUUAGGGGAUGA